AUGCGCAUGCACAGGUCUGACGAUCACGGGUGGUCUGUCGUGCUGCAUCGAGCUGACCACAACCACCACCUGUCAGGGACCUGCGGGGAGAAGAUGCAGUGCAAUUCCCAUAGGAGGAUUGAUCAGGCAACCAAGGACACUGUGAAGCAUUUCAGGGAGAACAACAUCAGCCUUAGCAAAGUGCACUAUAUUUUGGGGAGCAUGAACGGGUCGAUGGAUACUCUUCCAUUCACGAAGAAGGCGCCGCACAUAGUCUGCCAGAAAGUAAACAGAGAGCAAAGGGACGAUGACAUGAAGAAGACGACUGAUCUAUUCCGGAAGAUGCAUGAUGCCGACCCGGACUUUGCCUUCAGGCUCCAGCUGGACCAGGAGGGGAGGGUUGUUAACCUUAUCUGGACAAGUGGACGCAGCCGGCGCCAGUAUAGCUGCUUUGGGGAUGUUGUUAUUUUUGAUACAACCUACACCACCAACCGGUACAAGAUGCCAUUUGGUCUCUUCGUGGGCGUGAAAAUUCACUACCAGACGGUUAUCUUUGCGGGCAUACUUAUGCGUGAAGAGACGAUCGAAGGUUUCAAUUGGGCGUUUGCUGAAUUCGUUUCUCUGAUGGGAGGCAAACCACCUGUGACAAUGCUGACAGAUCAAUGCCGUGCGAUGGAGGUAGCGAUUGGAAUGACACUCCCUGGGAUGAGACAUCGAUGGUGCAAAUGGCAUGUCUUUCGCAAGGCGAAAGAGGAGCUUGGCGGGAUCGACAGCAAGAAAAAUGGGUUCAAGCAGGCGUUCAACAAUGCCAUAAAUGAGAUGCUGAGAGUAGAUGAGUUCGAGAAAGCAUGGGGUGAGCUGGUUGAGGCAUACGACCUCACGGAUAAAAGUUUUAUGAUAAGGGCUUUCGAGGCACUAUAG